GACUGAACGAAAAGCAUAACAAUAACAAAACAGAGCAAAAAUUAUUCAACGAUCGGUUGUAAAAAUAAGCUACACUUGAAUUGCAUUAUAUUUUAAAUAGAAUUUCUAUCGGUACUGCAAAUUUUUUGCCGAAUUUCCUAUUAAUAUUUGGGCUCUACUAUGAACAUCUGCCGCAUAUGUAUGCAGCACGAAGAUGAGAAUUCGAUUUCGAUAUUUUCAAAAAUUAAUGACACCAUUAUUGCGACUACACUUGCUAACAGCUGUUCUGUACAGUUUUCAGAGAACGAUGGUCUUCCAAGCAAAAUUUGUAAGCCCUGUUUUGAGGAUGUCCAAAUGGUCAACGCUUUCAUCGAAAAAGUUAAAAAUUCCGAUGCCAAAUUACGGAGCAAUUACGCUUUGAAAGAGGAAAAACUGUCGUUUGAAGUCAUCGAAGUCAAACCAGAAUUAGUUGAUGGAGAAACAAGCGAUUUCGAUGAUGGAGAAGUUGAACCGAUUUCCCUUGAACCCAAAUCGGAAACAGAUUCCGACAACGAUAUGCUUAGUGUUAUAAAAGCAAAAAUCAAAAAAUCAGGAAGGGAAAAUGAUAAAUUUAUUGUCGGACAGAAAAAAGAGAAACCAUUCCGCAAGAAAAAACGGAAGACCAAGCUUGAAAGCGAUGUCGAAUCUGAAGUUGAUGAGGAUGAUGUUCUGGACGAGAAAGAGCUGGAAAUGUUUGAGAUUGUCAAACUACCCGAGAUCAACUUUGUCUGCUGUCGAUGCUACCAAUAUUUCGAGACUGAGCACGAAUACGAAACGCACAUUGAAGAUCAUAAGAAGUUUGCCGCCAAAAGAACGGAUACGAUCUUUUGCGAGAUAUGCAAGCGUAAGUUCAAAAAGGCCAAAGCGUUUGAAAAGCAUGAGAAGAAAUUUAAGUAUUUAACGAAAUUGUACGAGUGCCUUCAAUGUAAGUCUCGAUUCAUUAGUGCUGUAAGCAGACGAAAGCAUGCCUACAAGCAUCCCAAAACUAUCGAAGACAAGAUGAAAGAAGAGUAUGGUGAAAUCCUGUGUUGUGUCCAGGGUUGUUCAAAAGCAUUUCCUUCCGAAGAACUUCUCAUAAAGCACAGUCAGGAAAGUCAUAAACUGCACAGAAGGACAUACAAGUUGGAAGAAGCAGCACAAAAAUCAGCGGAAUGUCCGGUAUGUUACAAUAGAUACGCCACAGAGGUACUCCUUCGCAGGCAUCGGAAACGCAAUUCGAAGCCCAUGGGCCAUCAGUGUGCAACGUGUGGACUGAAGUUUCGUACAAAGGACGUUCUCAUAUUCCACGAGAUGAAUCACGCCGAACAGAAACCGUUCCAGUGUGAAAUCUGCAAGAAGUAUUUCUCUGGUAGCAACGCUUUGAAGGUCCAUCAGAGGUGUCACUCCAAUGAGAAACCAUUCGUUUGUGCAACGUGCGGUGUUGGAUUCAACCAGAAGAGUCAACUUAUCACACACGAGUAUGACCACGGAAGUGCACCGCUUCCGUUCGAGUGUGAGGUCUGCAAGAAAUGUUUCAAGCUAAAGACGAACCUCAUCAACCAUAUGCGGUUGCACACCGGGGAAAGGCCAUUCGCCUGUCGACACUGUUCGAUGACGUUUUCUAGCUACACCACUCGCCAAUUCCAUGAAAUGACUCACACCGGUAUAAGACCAUUUAAAUGCAGUUACUGUGAUAAAACUUUUACAUUUAAGAGGCUGAAAUUGGAGCAUGAGUGUAAACAUACAGGUAUCAAACCGUUCAAAUGCAGUCAUUGUGAUAAAGCUUUCGUACGAAAGAAAUUUCAAGUUGAUCACGAAAGUACUCACACAGGCGUUAAACCGUAUCGCUGCCACCUGUGCAACUGUAGCUACAGUCACAAAAACAAUCUACGGCGCCAUUUGGAGACACAUCAGCCUUCUCAGGAAAAAGAAGUAAUUCCCGAGGAAACACCAGCAGCAACGCAAAGCUCGGUUCCGACAACAGUACCGCCAUCAACGGAUACAACCGGUUCGAUGGGUCCGGAAAACCCAGUGGACGAUCAUGCAGUAUCCCAGCGAAUUUGGUAAGUGGUAGUUACGAAAAUAGUUAACUGCUUGUAAAUGUUGAUAUUGGCUGGAUCCCAAAACUCAAAUAUUCAGAAAGCUGUUGCAGAAUGUUUUGCUGAAUUAGAACAAAAAGAAUUACUUCAAUGAUUAAUUAAACAAUUUGUGUGAACUGUU